UAGCACAAGACGGUUCUGCAAAGCGGCUGUAGAGCAACUGGGAGGACGGAGGGAAGCGUCGCUGGUUUGUUUGUUCCGAGGGAAGGAAGUUUCUUUACAGGAAAAAGCGAUGAAAGGGCUAUAAUUAUCUCCCACUGCGUUUCUUUUUUUUCUUUCUUCAUCUUCCACUCUUGACGGGGACGCUCAGUUUAAAGAAGGGGUUUGCCGUGAAAACAUGGAGGGUUAGUUGAUUUUUUUCUUUUUGAGAACCGUAUUCUGAACUUUGGCACAAUCUGUGAACCGGUGCACUUUUCAACUCGCGCAUUGAGUUGUUUGAAUUAGUUUAGUGAGGGGGUCGAUAUUUAUGCGUUUGGGACCGCCUGGAGCCAUCUGCACUGUUCCUGUCGAAGGCUUAGCGCUGCAGCAGUGAUGGACGACAUCGACCUGGAGCAGCAGGAGCCGUUUCCUGUGGACAGAGACGGGAGGCAGGUGAGGGAUGGAGAGGACCAGCAGGACGGCGGCAGGAAUAUGGGAUGCUGUGAGAAGUUCCAGAGGUCCGUCUCCAAGUGGAUGCUUCCAGAAGACUCCCGCAGCAAGUACCUGGAACGUGCCAACUGCUGUCCACCCCCCAUCUUCAUCAUCCUCAUCAGCAUCGGAGAGCUGGCGGUGUUUAUCUACUACGCUGUGUGGAAGCCUCAGAAGCAGUGGGUGACCCUGGAGGAAGGCAUCUGGAAGAGCCCUCUGACAUACCGUGCAGAGCGCAGAGAGGAAGCAUGGCGCUUUAUCUCCUACAUGUUUGUCCACGCUGGAGUGGAACACAUUGUGGGGAACCUGCUAAUGCAGCUGCUGCUGGGAAUCCCGCUGGAACUGGUCCACAAAGGAUUUGAAGUGGGAAUGGUUUACCUGGCCGGCGUCCUCGCAGGCUCUUUGGCCAGUUCCAUCUUUGAUCCUCUCAGUGCCUUGGUGGGAGCCUCUGGGGGCGUUUAUGCCCUAAUCGGAGGCUAUUUCAUGAACGCAGUGGUGAAUUUCCGAGAGAUGAUCCCUCUCCUUGGAGUGUUUCGUAUCCUCGCCAUAGUGUUAAUUGUUGGCGUAGAUUUUGGAUUUGCCUUCUACAGAAGAUUUGCCAAUCAUGAGGACGGUUUAAAGGUGUCCUUUGUGGCCCAUUUUGGAGGAAUUGUGGCCGGUAUGACAAUCGGCUACGUCUUCUUCAGCGCCUACAACAAGAAGCUGCUCAAAGACCCACGUUUCUGGAUUUGUAUAGUGGGCUAUGUAGUCUUUGUGCUCUUUGCUGUACUCUUCAACAUCUUCCUUUCUCCGGCCUCAUAAAGCUGCAUUCAUCUUUUUUUUUUUCUUUAUUUCUCCAAAAUCCUUUUUGUCACUCAGGAAGCUGAAUUUUACUGAUGUGUUAUAAAGCACAGUUGCUUUUGAGGAACUUUGUAAAUGUUGUACACAUUGUUUUUAUUUUUUUAUCAAUCAGAUUUUGCUCUUUUUAGAUUCAGUUUUGAGUUCAAGUGGAAGGGCGCCUCCUGCUGUGUUUGUGUGGCAUUGCAGGCGUUUGAAAACGUAGAUAUAAUUUGUGCCUUUGAAAGGAGAUUAAUUUUGAUUGCAGUGAGUCACUGACAUUUGUCUUAGGACGUAUUUGCUGUUGCCUUGUUUGUUUUGCGUGCAACUGUUUUACUUUUUGUACUUAUUAUAAUUAUCAGGAGAUUACAUAACACUGGUCCUGGAUAGGAAAUAAUGUUCCGAUUGUUUAACAGAAACACUCCUCUUUGCUCUUUAAAGCUUUCGGUUUAUUUAUCAGCAGCUCUUACUGACUUUACAUAUUCAUAAAAUGCGCUUUAACCGUGGUGAAAUCGGUCACCACAAUAAAACACCACAUGACUGAUUAAAAUAUAUCAUCCUGUGAUACGUCA